AUGCCGCCGUCAUCGAUCCGACUACCAACGCAUCAAAUACGUUCAAAGAUCUUCCAUCAGUUUCCUCGUACGGCGUACCGCCCGGCGUACGAUCACCAUCCCAGGGCGCGCAUGAUCCUGCGGCCUCGCAGGCCAGAGCAACCAGAAUGGCAGGGCGGUUAUGACAUUAGGACAGAGCUUCCAGAGGGAUGGAUCGAAAAGCCUGAGGUCAAGGAGGAGAUUCCAAUGUCGGAGGCUGAGAGGGUCACAGCACAGAUCCAAGCCGUUGAGACCGAGCCGAGUGCCACCGAAAGCUAUGAGCAACAGCUCGAACAAUGGAAGGCCAAGACUCAAAAAUGGGACCGAUUAGCGAAAGACCUUGAUAUUGGCGCGCUCAGAGUCUUUCCGAAAGACUUUAAGGGGCGACGGGAGAUUUGGGAGGAGAAGAAUGUGCCAAACGGGAUGAGCAUGUUCAUGGAUGACUUGCAUUUCCAGAGGAUGAUGCUUCAUGGGUACAAACGAAAGCCCCCAGGCCUAGUUUACAAAAUUGAUGAAGGAACGCCGGUGCCAAAAGGUCUAUGGCUGGUCCGUGGCGGAUUCCACUGGGGCCAUUUCUCUUUGCAGCCUGCUGUGCCCAUGACACUGGGAGAGCUCGAGGAUAAAAUCACAGAUUUCUUCAACGAACAUGCCAUCUGCAUACCCAUCAAAGCAUGGCAGCGCGUACACUCCCUCCGACUGCAAGGCCAAAACCGGCCGAUACCGAAAAACUGGCAUCUGCCGUCCCUGGAUGAACUCUGCCGCAGACAACGAGUGCGACUGAACGAAGACGAAGGCGUGUACUCGAUCAAGAGUCGCAGAGGGUUCUUCUAUUCACCAGACUAUGUGUGGAGCCAAUUUGAGAAGCGCAUGGAAACCCAGCGGAUGGAGUAA